AUGUCUAUAGCCAAAUUACCCGACGUUCCUCAAACAGAAUUAGAUGAACCGCUUGCACAGUGUGGUGUGCUCUACCUUGGUACAGCUGCGCCAGCAGCAGGAUUAGAAGGAUUAAAUUCUGUACAAGAGCCACUUUCAAGACGUUAUCCAGUCGAUGGUACAAACAUUGUUAAAGGUAUUGACUCUAUUUUGACCGUGUACGAGAAUGGGGUACAAAUACAGUUUGCUCGUCAUCCCUAUGUUGUCAUAUUUUAUCCCAUUGCAUCGUUAGUGUAUUGUGCAAGUUUACGUUACGCAAUUGUUAACGGUGAUCCGAGUAAACAGUCCGUCCCAAAUGAUUGGUGCUUUGCACCAUUAGAUGCAUUGCAAACGAAGACACAAAGUAAACAUCCUCCAGUAUUUUGUGCUGUAUUUCAGCGUAGUCAAGUAUUACUUGGUGAAGACUGUCAUUGUUUCAUAACAAAAAGUAAUGAAGCUGCGCUGGCUCUUGUCAAAGCGGCAUCAACAGCGUAUUCAUCAAUUAAUCCCGCAUCAAAAUGUUUAAAAUCGCCAAUUUUUUAUCAGCUCGAUCGUUAUGGUCGUAAACUAACAGAAACUAAUGGAGCUGUUUAUUUGUCGCCGGCUGAUGGUGUUAGGAAAGGGAAAGGAAAUAACAUUUUUGAUACAGAAUUGGAUGGAUAUUUUUAUAAAACAGAUACGGCAUUAAUUGAAGUAUGGCAAUUAUGGGAUGAGGAUGACGUUGAACGCCCCAAACCACCACCAUCGCCAUUUGGCUAUCAUCAAGGGAUUAUUCAUGAUGAUACAAUUAAUGAGUUAAAUAACCAUCUUAAACAUAUGGAUGAUAAUGAAGAAAAGCGCUCUCGCUCUUGCUCUUGUAGCAGUCGAUCUUCAUCUCGAACGUCCUCAUCAUCAGACUGCCCUUCACAGAUGCUUUUUCGACCAAAUUCGUCUGCGUCGAAACACAGUCGUCGACGACAACUAUCAUUCACAUCUUCGAAUAAUGAUCAAUUUAAUCCAACAUUUUCACAUUUGCAAACAAGUACAUUUGAACCAGUAGGCGCCAAUGCCUCACAAAACGAUUCAAAUCCAGUGGUGAUUGAAAAAUAUAUUUCUGAACAACAGAAACCAGAGUCUGUUGCCUUUCGCAAUAAUUUUCAGACAUUUUCGAACGACAAUAAUCAUUAUCCUCAAAAAAAUUAUAUUCUUGAACAAUCGCCGCCAUCACUACCUUCAUUUCCUGUUCUUCAUCCAACUUUCUAUCAGCCACAAGAACAACAAAUUCAGUAUGUUCAAGAACAACAAAUCCAGUAUGCUCCCGUCAAUACACCGUUGACCGAUCUGAAUAAUUUCCAGGUAAAUGAGAAAGGAGAACGCAUUACAAACAGUGGAAAUCGAAUUGUAUUUAUGGAUGUUGUUACACCAAGUUUAAAUAUGCAACAGAUGAUUCAUCUCCCAGCAGACACUCAUCGAUGGCCACAACAACAACAACAACAAAUAAUUACUACCUCAACACCUUAUACCCCUUAUCAGCAUCCUGAAUAUCGAUUCAAUGAACCACCCGUGAAUAGUACGAAAAAAAUAGUUCGAAAAAAACACUCACCCAAUAGAGUACCUAGACAGCGAUCCCGUCGACGUCAAAUACCCGUUAUAGACAUACAAAAUAUUGAACAUUUAUUAGAAGGACCAAGUAAUACAGAAAGAUUAUAUAAUCCUCUAACUAGAACGAAACAUGGUAGGGAUUUUGAAAUGAUCGAUGGAUAUUUGGAAGAUAACAGUGGUAGAAAAUUAAACUUAAAUCAUGAUGAUGCUGAGUCAAUGUUGACUAAAUUACGACAAGACGAUCAUCGUGCCAGUACAAGUUCAUCCAUGAGUAGUAGUAAAGGUUCAAAUAUUAUUCGUCAGAGUAAACACUCGACAACUCUUGGCUCUGCUAUAAACUAUGCUGAACGUGGUAUUAAUCGUUCAUUUUUAAAAAAUCUUCCUGAUUCACAAUUAUCAACGAUGGUUUCGAGUAAACAUUCUGCAAAUCUCACUCAACAUAGUCUCGGUAGUGAUCAUGUAAAACAAUAUGUCGAAAAUAUUUAUGGUGCAUCCCAGCGUGAACAAUUAAAACCGAAAGAGUCCAAACGGUCAACAUCUAAUAAAAGUGAUAAUCAACCAUCACAGCCAAUAACAACAACACUAUUUCAACCUCAACAAGUAACAAACGAAACAUAUAUGUCACCACUUCGCUAUAUGCAAAAUAAUAUCACUCCAUUAUUGCUGAGAGAGUAUCGGAAGCCUUAUGUGUAA